AUGAGCGGUCUAUUCCGCCAGACCAACCCGGAAAUAUCCGAGGAGAAAACAAUCUGCCCACUGAUGCAGGGUCGAAGCCCACCAAAGACGGUGGAAGAGUCUAUCCGCCACGUCAUCAGCAAAUCUGGAGUGCGUCUCGACCAGCAGAAGACAGCUGCCAUCGCAAAGUUCCCGCAGCACAUCGACAAGAAGGCAGUGCGUAGAUUUCUUGGCAUGUGUGCCUACUAUAGGCGCUUUGUGAAGGACUUUUCGCGCAUCGAGGAGCCGCUUACACAUCUAACCAAAUGUGAUGUAGAGUUCAAGUGGGAAACGCUGCAGGCCGACGAAUGCAGUCGCCACCGGUACUUGCGCACUUCGACGCUGAUACAGAAAUCCACACUGACGCCAGUAGCCGAGGCCUCGUUGCCGUCCUAG